GGUCUGUGACUUUAAAUAUAUAUCAGGGUUUUAUUUCUAAAAUUUGACUUGACACCCAUGGCUUUGACUUUGGGGAUUUUAGCAUUGUUUCAGAAAUGUUUGGAAUUUUCAGUUUCAUUUAAAAAAACCCAUCUUAGUAAGCCUUGUUAGAAUUGAAGAGACUAAUACUAUACAUAUACUUGUAUUUAUUCAAAUUAAUAUCUAGUCUUAUGUAUUGUUUUCAAAAUAUGCCUUUAUAUAAUAAUAAAAAAUGAGAAUUAUUUACAUUGAUUGGGAAUUUUUUACUCUAGAAUUGGGAAUAAAAAACAACAUAUAUUUUGGGGAAUGGUGCUGAUUUUUGGAGUCUAGAAACAUAGGUGAUAAAACACUGUUAUAUAUAUAUAUAUAUUUUUUUUUUUAAUAGUAUCGGCAAAAACAUCUACAGCCAUGACCUUGACGUCUGGGAACAUGAUGAUUCCGAUCAGUAUGACGAUGGGUGAUGCCGAGAACAGCAAAAUGAUCCUCAACAUGAUUGUCCCUGAGGCUGCCCACGAGACAGGUCACCGAUCUGACAAUAUUAUAGGCCAGACUUUGCGGGAACUGAAUUUUGAGGAGGAACUUUUCGCAAAGACCUCAAGUUACAAUGUGGCAGAAGAGCUAUUGAAAGACAAAGGAGUUAUCUUUCUUGUUGGACCUCCUGGCUCGGGAAAAACACUGAUGGCACGAAAGCUUGCUAAAUCUGUUUGUAUAUCAAAUCGUGAUAACGUGUGGAUACCGCUCUGUUUAAAGUCGCCGCGUGAAUGGCGAGAACAUGUGCGACCAGACAGCCAUCAUGUUAUUUUGAUGGAAGAUAUCUUCGGUUUUAACGACUUCGAUAAGAAAGCAUUUUCAAAGUGGAAAAUACUAAACAUGGAGUCUAUGAUAGAUGCGAAAACCAAAAGAAUAAUUUUUACUCUCCGCAUGCACGUGCUGAGGGAAGCAUUGCCUCAUCUUCAAAAGUUUCCAUUGUUUAACUGGACUCAAGUUGUCGACAUUGUCCAGGAGCUUGACGACGGAAAAUUAAGUGUUCGUGAAAAAAGCGCAAUGCUGUCUAAGCAUAUAAAACAUCAUAAUCUGAAUGAUAAAAUUGGAAUGGACAUUGUUAAGGCCAUACUAAGCUCAGAUACUUUAUCUAAUUUUCCUUGCUGUUGCAGGUGCUUUUGCCAAGAUCGACAUUUACAUACGGUAGACAAUGCUGUCCGUUUCUUUAACAACCCUGUUGAGUGUUUUGAAAAAGAAAUCUGUCUGUUGUAUAAUGAGGAGAACAAGACAAAAUUUGGAGCGCUUCUUCUCACCAUGGUAACAAAUGGAAUGUUAGACACUAAUCUUCUGGACGACAAUAAAAAAUCCGACCUGCAUGAUGAAAAAUGAUUUCAUUUAACGGUGGUUGGAAUUUCGACCAGUGUCACAUUUGCGACAAUAAAACGCUCAGCAGCUCAUCUCCUUGGAACCUACUUGAUUAGGAAUUCCGAUCAUUUUGUUUUCGCACAUCUGUCUAUUCACGACGCUGUUUCCAUGGUUUACGGAAAGAAUCAUUCUGAGUAUUUGCUCGGAAUUUGCACCGUGUCGUUUCUGCAUCAGUACGUUAUCAUCUCGGACCAUCCACUGGCGAACAAGCAUAAGCUGACACUUAAACCCAGUGAUCCCGGUCUUAUACGGCGGUUUAUCAAGGAGAUUAAAGAUGGACGCCCGGUUCAUGUGUGCAAGCAUCAGGCUCUAUCCCAUAAGAUGUUCGUUCAUCAUUUUAUAAAGACUUGUGAAGAAAUAGGUGAGCUCAACUUGCUGAUGUCUAUACCAACAGAUUGCCACAUGCCGUUGCUGUACUGGGCCAUUUGGAGUGAUCGUUGUAUUUUCUUUAAGGCGAUCUUAGAACAAUACAAGAAGCAAAAGAAAAAACUGGAGCCAAACGUCAUCUACCAGAUUGCAAAUGGCUGCUGUAUUUGUGGUAAUGUUGAAGUCAUGGAUCUCCUUCAUAAGUGUCUUGAAGUCAACAUAUUUAAAAUACCUUUGCUAGCUAUUCCAGUGCCGUUUAAAAAUACUCUCACCUCUAAGAAACUAGUUGCCAACGCAGAUAUAACAAGUGAUUACGUCGCACAUACUGGGAAGCUCAUUCAUGUUGCAUGUUUCCACGGUAACGACGAAAUGGUGGUGUUCCUCCUGACUAAAGCCAAUUCAGACAUAUCCUACGUUAAUACGCAGGACGAAUUUGGCAGGACGCCGUGUCACAUAGCUGCGAAGUGUGGCCACGUGAAAGUAUUUCAGACUUUAAUGAAAAACAGAUGCAGUCUGUCCACGCCCAGUAAAACUGGUAACCUGCCAAUCCACGAAGCCUGUUCUGGUGGGCACACCGAUAUCGUUAGGAUGAUUCUGAAAGUCCAUCCUCACCACUUGUUUAAGAAAGGAACAGAUGAGUGCACCCCUCUUCAUGUUGCAGUCCUCAGCUCUAAUGCCCUGUUGGUGGAAUGGCUGAUGGACCUGGAACAUGAGCAUGCAGUGGCAGAUCAGGAUCUGGGAUAUAUGGUGGCAGACCCAGAUUGCGCCAGCUCGCUGAUUCAUCUGGCCUGCACCAGACCGGGAAACUCUCAAGUGCUGAGGACAUUGUGUGAAAAGUUUGAGAACGACAGAGACCUAGAAGAUUACUUUCUGAAAGCUUCACAAAAAAUGAACACUCCUCUUCAUGUCGUCUGUGAUAGGUCGGCUGACGUGGAGAUGGUCGAGACGUUGAUCGAGUUUGGGGUCUGUGUGAACAAGGUGAACGUCAAACACCAGACGGCCCUACAUCUGGCCUGCAGAAAUACAAGGUGCAACGUUCCCUUGGUGAAGAUGUUGAUCAAGCACAUUUUGAAUGUGUUUGUUAAAGACAUUGAUGGGCAAACAGCCUUAGAUUACGCUUCCAGCAAUGAAGAUGUGAAAAAAAUACUUGCAAAACAUUAUGUUUCCUUGAUCGAUUACAAUUGAAAAUGCAUCCGUUGUUCGGAACUUUGAUGGGCGAACAACCUUAUAUUACGCUUCCAGCAACGAAGAUGUGAAAAAAUACUUGCAAACAAUUAUGUUUCCUUGAUUGAUUACAAUUGAAAAUGUAUCCGUUGUUGAGGAAUUUGAUGGGCGAACGGUCUUAGAUUAUGCUUCCAAAAAAGAAGAAGUGAAAAAAUACUUGCAAACAAUUAUGUUUCAGUGAUUGAUUAGAAUUGAAAAUGUUUCCGUUUUGUCAGGUGCUGAUUCUGGCAGAGACCCAAAGGACCAGUACCCUCUCUAUUUUUAGUCAAAUAAUAUAUAUUACAGAAUACACAUUAUCCCGUCCACCUGUCAAUGACCUUUAAAUUCUGUUUUCAGGAUUUGGUCCCCCUCUAUUAAAAAAUCAUGGAUUCGUGCUUGCGUUUGUCUCUGCCAAUGUGAUGUGAUCAUAAUGGAUUGUCGUUUAAAAUGUUUUCUGUCUCUUGUGAUGUUGCAAUUAUUGAUUAUAAUUGUGAGCUAACUGGAUUUUCAAGUAAAAGAAUACAGGAUUAAGUUCCAAAAGAAAGGUGCAAACUAUUACAAGACUGUGUAACACUAACAGAAGUGUAUAUAGUUAUUUUAACAGACUUACAUAUUUAAUCUGUUGUGGAACUAUAUACUUAGAAAUUCAGAUGGAUAGGAAAUGAAGAUUGUUCACAAGAGAUGAAGGGAUAUUUCGAGGAAAAUAAUAUUAUAUACAUUAUUAAUUAUGCAUUUUGCACAGAGAUACAAAGAUAUAAUAAAUGAUGAUGGGACAAAAUCAGGAAAAAUGAUGCAAAAUUCAUGCAUAUAAACAGUUAAAAUAAGGCAGUUAUGUUGGACAUGCGUAUGUAUGUGGAUGUAAGCAGUAAAUAUAUUAGAAGACGAAAGAAAGCAACGAAAUUCCAUGUUACGUGAUUACAACAUACAUUUGUUUAAAACAAUUCUGCAAUUAAAUAAACGCUACUGGCAAUCUUUGUAAUUAGAAGAGACAUUAAUGAACAUUAAUAGGAUGGAAUCAUUAACAACUGACUUAUACAGCCAGUAUUUACAGAGGUGUGAAGUUUUUCAAAGGUGUGAACGUUUCCCGGAGUUGUGAUGUUUCGUGAAGUUGUGAAGUUGCCAGAGGAGUAGAAUGAUGGGGAGAUCAAAGAACAUUAAAACAACAGUAGUGGAGAGACCAGAUUUAUCACCGAGGUUACAAUUGUGUGGUGGAGAAAUAUUAACACUAUCAGUAUAAUUAACAUUCAACUAACAGACUGAUUUGGUUAUUGUGUUUUUGGUGUAUAAAUGUAUAUUGUUGUUAUUAUUGGCCACAAACAAUGUAAGGUAGGUGAUUUUGAAAUGUUGAAUGUGAAUGAAUAUGAAUAUAUGUUAUAUUACUAGG